UGUUGUGGCUGGGAGGCAGCGCGGUCAGCCAGUCUCUUCGGUUGAACCGUGAUUCAGCCUGAGGUAAAGCAGGACUCUUUCAAACUAACCGACCAACCGUGAACAAUUACUACUGGCGCCCCUGAACAAACUCGUGUUCUGCACGACACCUUUAGUCCUCCAGGUGCUGAGGAAACUGCAAGCAGAAAGUGCCAGAAAAACCCUGCGGUGUCAAGACUUGGUGGUGAAAAUCGAGAGGAUGUCCAGCCAGUUGGCCAUUUCUUUGUGAAUGGAUUAGAGGUGAGUUGUGACCAUGCGCUGCCUGGCUGCUCGGGUGAACUACAAGACCCUCAUCGUUAUCUGCGCCCUCUUCACACUCAUCACUGUGUUGCUGUGGAAUCGAUGCUCCAGUGACACAUCCCUGCGCUUCCUGCCCCGUGCCGCCUUGGUGGCUCCGAGUCCCAAGGUGGGGGAUGCUAGCAUCAGCAGCCAGCAACACCCUCCACAACCUCCAGAGCCCCCGCCUGUUGUUGGGGUUGUUGGUGGGAUCAAGUAUGAAGAAAUUGAUUGCCUGAUCAAUGAUGAAUCCACUAUCAAAGGGCGGCGAGAGGGCGGAGAGAUCUACUUGCCGUUCUCCUGGAUGGAAAAAUACUUUGAGGUGUACGGCAAAGUAGUGCAGUACGACGGCUAUGAUCGUUUCGAGUUCCAGCACAGCUACUCGAAGGUUUACACGCAGCGUGAGCCCUACCACCCCGAUGGAGUCUUCAUGUCAUUUGAGGGCUACAACGUGGAGGUCCGUGACCGUGUCAAGUGUAUAAGUGGAGUGGAAGGCGUACCUCUGUCCACUCAAUGGGGCCCUCAAGGCUACUUCUACGCCAUCCAGAUUGCCCAAUACGGUUUGAGCCAUUACAGCAAAAACCUGACUGAGCGCCCUCCCCACGUGGAGGUCUACGACACAGCCGAGGAGAGAGAUAGCCGAGCCAGCGCAGCGCCCUGGAGUGUGUCGAAAGGCUGCAGUCUCAGCCGUGUCCACGACAAGACCCGAGCUACCUCCGUGCGUCAGUUCAGUGCUCCAGAGUCCUCAGAAGGCGUAUUUCUCCAGCUGGGUAACUCCAAAGACUUCAUCCUCAGCUUGGACAUCAAGUUCGUCUCCAACGGCAGCGUGUCCGUGAUCCUUGAAACCACAGAGAAGGGUCCGCCCUUCACUGUCCGCUACGUGACCAACACGCAGCUCAUCGCCUUCAAAGAUCAUGAAAUCACCUACGGAAUUGGGCCACGAACCACCUGGAGCACUCUGACCCGAGACCUGCUCACCGACCUCAGGAAGGGCGUCGGACUGUCCAACACCAAGGCUGUGAAGGCCACAAAGAUCAUGCCCAGACGGGUGGUGCGGUUGGUCCUACAUGGGCGUGGCUUUGUUGACAACGUUACUAUCUCCACCACUGCCCACAUGGCUGCCUUCUUUGCUGCCAGCGACUGGCUGGUGCGCAACCAAGACGAACGAGGGGGGUGGCCCAUCAUGGUCACUCGUAAACUGGGUGAAGGCUUCCGGCCUCUGGAGCCCGGCUGGUACUCAGCCAUGGCUCAGGGCCAGGCCAUGUCCACCCUGGUGAGAGCCUACCUCCUCACCAAGGACCAGGUUUACCUCAAUGCUGCCCUCAAGGCAGUAGGACCCUACAAGGUGCCUUCAGCGCAGCACGGGGUCAAAGCUGUGUUCAUGAACAAAUACGACUGGUAUGAAGAAUACCCCACCACGCCCAGUUCCUUUGUCCUCAACGGCUUCAUCUACUCCCUGCUGGGACUCUAUGACUUGACUGAGACAGCCGGAGAGAAGCUUGGCAGGGAGGCAGGGCAGCUGUUCAGCCGUGGCAUGGAGUCGCUGAAGGCCAUGCUGCCGCUCUUUGACACAGGGUCUGGGAGCAUCUACGAUCUGCGUCACUUCAUGUUGGGCACUGCUCCCAACCUGGCUCGCUGGGACUAUCACACCACGCACAUUAACCAGCUACAGCUGCUGGCAUCCAUAGACAAUUCUCCCAUCUUCAAAGAUGUGGUCAAGCGCUGGAAAAACUACUUAAAAGGGAUUCGUGCCAAGCACAACUAGGCAAACUGUAACUCAUAUAUAAUAUACAGCUAAGAUGAUGACGGGAAAGAGGAAGAAUAUGCUCUAUGUGUGAGAACUGAAUAGAUAAUUGAAUGUGAGGUGGGUGCUCACACUGUAGGUCUGUGUGCAUCGCAGCUUUGGUUGAGGUUCAUAAUCUAAGAGAUGAGUUUAGUCAGCCGCAGCUCUCAACUCUUAAAACUUUCUUGUGUGCUCUGUUGCAGGUUUUAUAUUUUCUGCAACACUGACUGUAGCUCUCCUCUCCUGUUUUUUUUCCCUUGAGCUAGUGUUUGUAAUUAUGCACAGACCUAGUUUCAGAGUGUGAGUGUUUGCAUUCAGGAAGAACGUGUGUGGGUGUGAGUGUGUGUAUGUAUGUUGUUUAAAAUAACAAUAUAUGAUGUUAGAGAAAGAUGAAACUCCUUAAAUUGUUUAAACUCAAUCACAUUUCCGACAUUCGUUGAUGCAUCCAUCGCAACUUUCUUCAGACUGUAUUUUUUUACCGUUUCAUCCCAGAUUUGCAAAGUUUAUUGAAGUAAAUAAACUGUAAAUAACAGACUAUAUUAUAAAUUAGAGAAUGUUGCCAAAAAAAAAAGAAGAAUCUUAUCCAUAUAAAACACUUUUGGAUUUCAUUUCUUCACUGCAGAGUUGUUUUAUCCCAUAACCUUCAAAACUCACAAGUUUUAAAUCAGGAAGGUUUUUUUUAUGUUUACUGUUUUUGAGUGGUUAAGUGGGGAAUAUUUAUUUGGCUAUCAUCCCUUUACAAGAAAAACUCAAAGUCAAAUGCUUCAUGCUUCCAAACCCGCAGCUUCCAGGUCUUUUCUGAAGCCCUUUUCUCUAGAAUACAGAUAAAUAAUGAUGAAUCAUUCUGGGAGUUUUAUGCUUAGAGAACUUAACUCCCUUAAAUAUUUUUUUGUGUUUAGUAUAAAUAGUAAGUCAUGGAUUCCGUGUCUGUCAAGGUGCUUGAAGUCAGUUCUGAGGAAUAAAUACCUCAAACCAUCAUAUUAGAUCUCAAAGAGUUAAACCGGCUCUGCUACCAGUCGUUGGUCCUUGGUUCCUCCUCCUCCUCCUCCUCGGUUUCUACCCAUAAUUCCAAUGUGUUUAGCUGAGAUAUUGUGUAAUUAGUAGUCAGUGCUGAAGCCACUGUAAUGCCAGUAUCUGUAUGUGAUGUCGUAAGAUGACAUGAGAUGUUUGCUACCGUUGUUAGCUGUAACCAAACCCCCCUAAAGUCCAUCGGUUGGUCCCAAAAAAUGAUUAAUAAUUCAUGAGCCGUUGUAGAACACAGCAACAAGUAAUUAGUUCUGCAUCACGUCAAGUUCAGCACAGUUAGUACAGUAUAAGUUUCACGUAUCAGAGAUCCUCGCUGCAAAUCCCACCCGAGUCAGUUUCGCACCGAUGUGGUCGCGAAUGAUCACCGAUAACUGUUGUCGUAAAGAUCAGAUCUUUACAGGUAUUACUCAGAUGUGAAUGAGUCAGUUUUGAUUAAUAACGAUUAAUGUCCACUGUCCCUGAUAAAUAAGACAUAUUCAAGUUGAAAAGUUUUGUAUAUCAGUCUAAACAGGACCCAGUGGUGUCAUGUUGAACCUCAUUUAUCCUGUAAGAUGUGUACAAAGGAGAUACUAUGGCGAGAACUCACACUUUAACACCAGCAUUAUUAGUUGUAGCUGCAUUUUCAUUCAUUUUCAUGUCUCCCUGUUUGACCUUUUUAGAUUCUUGUUUACUUGGAAACUCAUCUGAAAAGCUCCUCUUAGAUGGUAAUUGCAGGAUACAAGUGUGGGUGGUGUAGAUGUCUCUGUUGUGUAUUCGAGCAGAUAGACAUGUGGGCAGCAGAGGCACAGCUGCAUCUCUCUCUCUCUCCACCAUGUCAAUUUAUAACAUUUAAAUAGACAAAGCCAGGAAUUCUGGAGAUGGAGGUAAAUUCUCGGCGAACGUAAAGAGGCUGUCAGUCCCAACAGGCUCUCGUUUCUCCUCUCAGCUGCUGUGGGUGCAUGAACUCAGCGUUUUUAAUCUGAGCGCUACCCUGUUGACCGCUGUACGAGGAGAAAUAGGCUCGCCAAGACACUAACAAUUCACAGGCUAAUAGGCUGGAGAGCCUGCACACACAGUGCAGUCGCUAGUCAGGGAUGAGUCAGCAUUCACUGGCAUCGCACUCACAAACAAAACAAAGUGGAGCCCUCAGCAUCAAUGAGGCUUUCAUCGAUCUAACUUAAGGAUUAUUAAUGAGAAGCAGGCGGAUCAGGCCGGUUUGUCUUUCUGAAAGUGGUGAUUUUGAAUUUUCUUUGGUCAUUUUGGGGCGAAUUUGAGGUGAAUACAUUUCCCCAGACAUUGUCUGAUUCCAGGUUGUCAUAGUGUGAGCUAUUAAGACUGAAUCAAAGAAGGUCGUGAUUCAUUUCGAUGUAACAUUCGGGUCGAAAAGAACUGCUUUUGUACAAGCAUCUACCUGACCUUACAGCUUCGUCUGUAACCCAACUUCCUGUUCUCAGAAUUUGUUGAGGAUUUACAACGGAGUAUUAGAGCCACUGUUAAGAAAAAAAAAAACAGUCUGAGAUUUCAGUCAAAA